UGAAGUGAAUAAACACCGAGGGGUUUUGUUUGUCCCCAUCACAACCCCCGAAUCCCUCGCAGCCAGGCCCUGCUACCUCGGUGCCCUCGACUGCGUUCGGACGCCAAGGCUGGGCGGGGCCCCGACCUCCGGAGCCCUUGCUGUGGACGACGAAAGCUGAGGCCGCGCGCGGGGAGGCGGUGGCCUCGGGGACAAGGCGGCCGCUACUCGGGGCCGGGAGGCCCCAUGGCGCCGCCCCCAGCCCCGCUUCUGGCGCUGAGACCGGGGGAGACCGGGCCUGGUUACAAGAAGCCCGGGGCCGUGAGCUUCGCGGACGUGGCCGUGUACUUCUCCCCGGAGGAGUGGGGCUGUCUGCGGCCCGCGCAGAGGGCCCUGUACCGGGACGUGAUGCGGGAGACCUACGGCCACCUGGGCGCGCUCGGAUUCCCAGGCCCCAAACCAGCCCUCAUCUCUUGGAUGGAACAGGAGAGUGAGGCUUGGAGCCCCGCCGCCCAGGAUCCUGAGGAGGGGGAAAGCCUGGGAGGAGCUCUGAGAGGAGACACCCCAAACAAGAAGGAAGAGGCACCGCAGGAAGGGUCAGGAGCCAAGGGACCCAGAAAGCCUCCCGGGAAGGAGCCUUCUAAAGAGCUGGUUAAACAGAGCCCUAACUGGACCGUCGGAAAAGUUUCGGCCAGAGCACAGCGGCCCACGAGCGCUGCCUGCAGCCAGAGCACAGGCGCGCAGCCGUCCGGCCCGGCCCCCGGCGUGGGCACGCAGGACAGCCAGCGGCGUCACGUGUGUGCGGACUGUGGCCGCCGCUUCACCUACCCCUCACUGCUGGUCAGCCACCGGCGGAUGCACUCGGGGGAGCGGCCCUUCCCCUGCCCGGAGUGUGGCAUGCGCUUCAAGAGGAAGUUCGCCGUGGAGGCGCACCAGUGGAUCCACCGCUCCUGCUCCGGCGGGCGGCGGGGCCGGAGGCCUGGGAUCCGGGCUGUGCCUCGGGCUCCGGUGAGGGGUGACCGGGACCCUCCCGUGCUGUUCCGACACUACCCGGACAUCUUUGAGGAGUGCGGGUGAGCUGCUCCCGCAGGCUGGGGUUGAGCCUGACCUAGGACUGCCUGAGCCCUGAGGGAGGCUCCGGAGGCCGGGACUUGGGAAUCGAAAUUCAUCCCUUGGGCUUCCCUCAAGGAUCCCUCAAGUUUCAAAACUUGUAAAAAGAAAAGUGCCUGUAAAGAUGCAAAUAGAUUAAACUUGACACUACUCCCGCCAGUCUUUCUAAAAAAAAAA